CCAUCAUCAUUAAGAUUUUUUUUUUUUUAAAUAUGGUAAUAAAAUUAAUGAUGUCUUUGUUUUUACUUGUGUGUGGCAGUAAAAGUUAAAUAUCCCCAUUGACCAAAAAGUAAACAUCCAUAUUGACUGACCACCCCCCUGUGUCCGCAUGAAAUGGUUUGGUCCUGCCUUAGCGCACUGACGGUGACGGUGCGUAGUAGCAGUCAGCGGUUGCGCUAGAAUGCUACAUUCAUCAUAAUGCUACCUAGUAACGUUACUAAAAGAAAAUCCGGUUUUCAAAAAAGGAAGGAGAGAGAGGAGAGGCAAAAGAAAGGGCGUCAAUAUGUGACCCAGUUUUUCUCCGAGAAAGGUGGGUAGCCUAUAGCCUGUGAGUGGUAGAAAUGAACCUGUUAGCUUAAUGUCCAUAGUGAAAUAAGCUAGCUACAGAGUAGUGUUAGCCUACAUUUCACUCCUUUUUAACCUACAUUUAAUCAGUGCAGGUAAAUGUUUAGCAAGAUAUUCAUAUUAAAUCAGUUGUCCCUGCCCCUUUUACCAGACUCAACAACAGAUGAGUCAGAAGCAGCAGCCCUGUCUCCCCAUAACUUUACCCCUCCCUGUCCCAAUGAAGAAGAGCUGAACUGGAGGAAUUUGUGUGGAGAAUAUUCACAGAUGAACAGCACUGAGGUGGCCUUGGGCAGUCUGCAAUACUCCCACUCAUUAUACCUGCAGAAAUAUUACAUCAUGUGACAAACUGCGUAUCCUUGCAGCAGAUAGGGAAUUCACAAGAAGUGCACCUUAAGGUGGCGGAUCAGAGCAUUAAUAACCUUGAAGAUCUGCAGGACAAGUACGACUUCAAAGCCAACACACUGAAGAGCAGAGUCCCCAGUGCAACAGUCCAGAUCAAACAUCCUCUGCACUCCCUGUGAGCCCAGAGAUAUCUGAAGCAAUGGAGUCUUUCAGAAGAUGCCUUCAGUAAGUUCAGCUCAUCUUGAUACCCCUGUUAAUUACAAGAUAAAGAAUACAGUCUGUAAAGAAGUCUGAAAGAAAUCAAGAUGGCAGAACGCCCUGGAUCCAGUCCCAAUCUCAGCAUCCCUUCCAAGAGGCCCAAAGUCACCAAGGACCAGAUAGUUCCAGACGAUGGGGUUGCAGUGCAAGAACCCACGCCACCUGUUUUUAUUCGUAAACUCCGUAAAGCUGCAGUAGGAACAAGUUGUGAUAUCCGACUAAGGGUGUCGGUGGCUGGAUUCCCAAAACCUUUGCUGACCUGGUAUCACAACGAUGAACUCCUCCCUCCAUCAGAAGCCCAGGACUCAGGCGGGUUGUGGAUACGAGAUUGCCGCACGAGCGACGCUGGCUUGUAUACUUGCAUGGCGACCAAUGAGCUGGGAGAGGCAAGCUGCAGUGCUGUCUUGGCCGUUAUGGACCUAGGAGAAGAGAACUGGGCAUUCCACACGGACAUUUGGCAGAUUUACCCAUGUGAAGUUUUCCGCUCCUGCCGAAAGCAAAGCUAUGACUCUGAGACCACAGAGGAUGAGACCACAGAACCUCAGAUGGAAACCAAAGAAGGGCCCGGGAGGCACCAAGACAAGGCUGGACGGAGAGGACCUUCAGGUGAGGGAGGUGGGAUGAUGGACUAUAACCCGGAUGCUUCAGAUCGCAGGGCCACCCUCCCUGGCGCCUAUGACCCUGUAGUGGAGCGAGAGCUCCGUGCUCUGGGCUCCCGCCCUCCAGGACCCCAUUUGGACCCCACAAACCCUGCCAGGACUCAAACUGCUGACGAAUCACAGGGGCUCUCCUCCCGUGUCCCCCUGUCUUCUCCCCAGCCACCUCCCAGCACACACAAAAACACCACCCCAGACCAAGACCCGGAUAACACCAAACCGUCAGAUCCCCAAUCCUCUAAGACAGACCAGGCGUCAGGUGUUAACAGCAUUGUCAUGACACCCAAGCUAGCUCGUGCAGGGCCCAAGAUCUUCGACAAAGUCCUCGCUUUUGAGGAGCGAAGGGCCAGUGUGGAUCCGCCAGGAGGAGUAGGAUCCGUAUCGGGAUCUAGAUUGGGACGAGCAGCUUCCUGUGACUCAGACGACAGCGGAAAAAAGACAGGAGGCCCAAGCAAAGACGGGGAGCGCAUCCUGCAGGGCGCAGCCCAGAAGCGAGCAGCAUUCAAGCAACGGGCCUCUUCUUUAGAGGACAAGACAAGCUACUCCCAGAAGGUCCAGAGCUACCAGAGCAAGUUUGCAGAAGAGCUCCAGAGGAUCAAGAAACUUGUGGGGAAACCAAGCUUGAAGAAGGCGUAUUCCACUGAGCAGCUAUCGCAGAAAGAGAGGCUGACCACAGGGAAAUUAGAGCCCAUUCCUCCCCAAGUGGUUAAAAAGUUGGAGGCAAGGGAGCGAGCCCUAGAGGACAGAAAAGUUGCAGAGAGAGACGGGGACGGCAGACUGCAGAUUUCUCUACAGGCCCAUGGCAAAGGUCUGGGGAAUCGAAGUAACAACCCUGAAAAGAGUAAGAUGACACAGCCCGAUUCACAGGGGAAACCAGUGGAAAGCUCAUCACGAGGAAGCACAGGGAAAAUCUCUGUUACCAUGGAGACGGCACCAGUUCACCAGUUACCAGGGCAACCAUUGCCAACAGCCACAAGGACAAGCCUCGCCAGGGAAACCCUACAAAGCUCUCCAGCAGCUGAAAAAGACACACUUGUUGCCACGUCUGAAAAAUCAUCAUCUCCCGUCAGAGAUCUGGGGAUGUAUUCAAAAAGGGAGAUAAAGAUGGACAGUAGAUCACCAAGCCCAAAUGGGAAGAAAGUAUCACCAAUAACUGUGAGGGAACCGGGGUCCCAGUACCCACCCAAGCCCCCCCGGCUCACCCCAUCACCCACUCCUUCCAUCAGCCCUCUCCAGAAGAGGAGGAAGGCGGAGGCCGGGCGGACUUCUCCAGCUUUGAAAGUGAAAAUUCCCACCAUCCUGGUGGAGGAUGAACCCAUGGAGACAGAAUGUGCUGCAGACAGGAGCAACGAGAGAAGUAGAAGGAGAGAGGGGAAAGUUCGCAAGAGCAAGAAAGGCCGCUCUGUUCAACCCAGCUCUCCAGAGGAAGGGGGCUCGUCCGAUGACUCCUACUUGUCCGCUGAUGAAGAGUCAGCUGAGAGCCCAAGGUUUGAGAGGCCUCUUGUGGACACCACCGGAUGCAGCGGCUCGGAGGUCACGCUGAAAUGUAUUGUCACUGGGAGCCCGUCCCCUACAGUGACAUGGAGGAAGAAUAAUGUGGAGAUCCGGCGCGAUGCCUUCCAUGUGGUUAAGGCUCAGGGUGAGAAGCACAGUCUGGUGAUAAAGCAGAUGAGGCCGAACAACGCGGGGUCGUACUGCGUCACAGCUGUCAACACAGCGGGCAGAGCAUCCUGCAGCGCCACGCUCCAUAUCCAAUCAGAGCCAACCCACAUGCAAUGUGGGGAACCAGCCGGGGCCUUGGAAGUCAGCAGUCCGACCGAGCCAGACGAGGAGUAUCUGAGCCCUCAGGAGGAGGCGAUGGAGCUCGGGGAGUCAUCUGCUCCGAGUAAAAGAGUCCACUUCAAAGAACCACCCUCAUUUCAGGUGGCACCAGGUGACCAGGGGGUAACUGAGGGUCAAGAUGUCGUCAUCUCAGCGAAGGUCGAAGGGCAGCCCAAACCUAUGGUUUACUGGUUGAAGGACAGAGUCACGGUAAAGACAGCGGGGCGUUUCACCGUGCGAGAGACAGAUGACGGCACCAGUGAAAUAAGAAUCAGCUCAGCUCAGAGGUCAGACGCGGGGCUUUACGUCUGCAAGAUCAUCAACGAGCAUGGGAUCAAGGAAGCGGAGUGCAGAGUGGACGUCAAAGCAUCUGCAGCACAGACAGCACUGAAAAUCACCAGGGAAGUUAAAGGUGUGGCGGUGACGGCUGGAGAGUCGGCCAUGUUCGAGUGUUACAUUACAGGACCUCCGGACGUUGAUGUGGACUGGCUAUCCAAUGGGAAGCUGGUCCAGCCAGCGCUGCUCAACUGCAAAAUGCACUUUGAUGGCAAGAGGUGCCGUCUGCUGCUAAAUUCAGUACACGAGGAUGAUAGUGGAACAUACACUUGCAAGCUGAGCACUGCCAAAGAGGAGUUGACUUCGAGUGCCACCCUGAAGGUCACCCCGUCCAAGGAGCCUCUAUUCACCCGUAAGCUGGACAUCCUGGAAGUCAUCGAAGGUCGCACUGCCCGGUUUGACUGUAAGGUGAGCGGAUCACCUGCUCCUCGAGUCACAUGGACACACUUUGAGACAAGAGUGGAGGAGAGUGAUAAUGUUCGCAUCCUUCAAGAGGGGGGUCGUCACUCACUUGUCAUCGCCCACGUCAGUGGCGACACAGAAGGCUUCUACACAGCAGUCGCUCAAAACAUUUAUGGAAAGUCUGAAUGCACAGCUGAGCUGUACAUGCAAGAACCUCGGGCUGCCAUCUCUUCUCACAUGGCUAAGAUGGAGAAGAUGCCAUCCAUCCCUGAGGAGCCUGAGGUGCUGGAGAGUGAGGUGGAGAAGAGGACCAUGCCAGAUUUUGUCAAACCUCUGGCGGAUGUGGAAGUGAUUGAAGGCAAAGAGGCACUGCUGAAAUGCAAGGUGGCGGGCCUGCCCUACCCAACCAUCGCCUGGUACCACAAUGGCAAGCGUAUUGAGAGCAGUGAAGAGCGCAAAAUGACUCAGUACAGGGAUGUCCACAAUAUGGUCAUUCGGAGUGCUUGUCAUUCUCAUGGAGGCGUCUACAAGGCCGUCAUCUCCAAUAGACUGGGCAAAGCCGCCUGCUAUGCACAUCUAUAUGUCACAGAUAUUGUUCCUGACCCCCCUGAUGGUCCUCCAGUAAUAGAAGCCAUCACAGGCAAAACUAUAAGCCUCAGCUGGAAGAGACCAAAGAGGAUGGACCCUUCAUUUGAUGCCAGCUCCUUGCUUUAUGUGGUCCAGCAGCAGCCUCUGGGCUCUAUCCAGUGGUCUGUAGUGGCAUCUAACCUGAGGGAGACCAACUACACUGUCACCUCUCUGUCCAAGGGAGUCCGCUAUGCUUUCAGAAUCCUGACGUCCACUGGGAAGACGUUAAGCAAACCAUCACCGUCUACUGACCUGGUCCAGCUGCUGGACAGAGGACCCUAUUUGAGGAAAGCACCAGUCAUUUUGGACAAACCUGACAUUGUCUAUGUGGUUGAGAAUCAACCUGCGAGCAUCACCAUCACACUGAACCACGUGCAUGCAGUUGUCAACUGGAAAAGGAGGGGGGUGGUGUUGGCCAACAGACUGGGGAUGUAUGAGCUGAGCAUGCCAGACGACGAUCAACACACCCUGAAGCUCCUGCGAGUCAAGAGCACAGACGUCGGUCAGCUGGUGGUCACGGCCAGCAACCAGUUUGGCAGCGACCUCUGCACGCUUCAGCUGGCAAUGGCAGUGCCUCCAAAGUUUGAAACCAUCAUGGAGGAUGUGGAUGUGCACAUUGGGGAGACGUCCCGUCUGGCUGUUGUGGUUGAAGGGAAACCAGACCCUGAUAUUCUGUGGUUCAAGGAUGACGUGCUUCUCUCUGAGAGCAGCCACUUCACAUUUGUGUACGAUGACCCAGAGUAUUCCCUUGUUGUCCUCAACGCCCGCCCAGAACACUCUGGAGUGUACACCUGCACUGCGAAGAACCUGGCCGGCUCCAGCUCCUGCAAAGCUGAACUGACAGUUCACACAGAGCGAAAAGAAGCAGCGGAGCCAAUGGAGGAUGAAGGGACCAUUCUGAGGAAGAUGAGGCGUUUGACGGAUUACUAUGAUAUCCACAAAGAGAUAGGGAGGGGUGCAUUCUCCUAUGUGAAGAGGGUGAUUCAGAAAAAGGGAAAGGCAGAGUUCGCUGCUAAGUUCAUUUCUGCGGGAGGAAAGAGGAAAGCCCUGGCCCUUAGAGAGAUGGACCUGCUGUCUGAGCUGGACAACGAGAGGAUUCUCUAUUUCCAUGAUGCCUUUGAGAAGAAGAGCAUAGUGGUGCUCAUCACAGAGUUAUGUCACGAGGAGAUGCUGGAAAGAAUGGCCAAAAAAACAACAGUCAAGGAACUGGAGAUCCGCAGUAUUGUUCAGCAGGUGUUAGAAGGUCUUCGAUAUCUUCACCAAAAAAACAUUGCCCACCUUGACAUAAAGCCAGAAAACAUCUUAAUGGCGAGUUCUGGGAGUGACCAGAUCCGCAUUUGUGACUUUGGUAAUGCCAUAAAACUGGACACCUCUGAGGAGCACUACUGCAAAUACGGCACGCCAGAAUAUGUUGCACCAGAGAUUGUUAACCAAACUCCUGUCACCAUGGCAACAGACAUAUGGCCUGCUGGUGUCAUCACGUACCUCUGCCUGACUGGUGUGUCCCCUUUUGCUGGUGAGAAUGACAGAGCCACAGCCUUAAACAUUCGUAACUACAAUGUGGCGUUUGAGGAGAGCAUGUUUGCUGACCUCUGCAAAGAAGCGAAGGGAUUUGUCAUCAAGCUUUUGGUGGUGGACAGACUGAGGCCCAGUGCCGUUGAGUGCCUUCGUCAUCCUUGGUUCAAGUCGCCAACGAACAAAAGCAUCAGCACAGCUAUGCUAAAGCAAGUUUUGUCCAGAAGGCGAUGGCAGCGUUCCCUUAUCAGCUACAAAUCCAAGAUGGUGAUGCGGUCAAUCCCAGAGCUUUUGAAUGACUCAUCCAACCAUGUCUCCAUUGCUGUGGCCCGGCAUUUAAAAGAAGGUUCCCCACCUCCCUCCUCUUCCUCUGACUCAGACGCAGAUGUGGAUGAGCUUCCCUUCAUUCCUAUGCCUCUGUCCAUGGUCUUUUCUGGUUCCAGGGUCUCCCUUAACGAGAUCCCGGGGGACGAAGACGUCACUGUGCAUCCCAGUGUUUCAGCUGAUGGGAAAAGGAAAAAGGACACCAUGGAGGUGGCAGGUACAAGAGAUGGGGCUAAUAAAAAUGUGAAAGAUGAGGAGGAAAACCUAGAUGAGGAGUCAAUGGAAAAGACAAAACGAGCUCCUCUUAAAAAAGGAUCAAGUGUGGAGUCGGACGAAUCACAGACGAAAGCCAGGCGGGCUACCAUGAGGAGAGGCAGCUCUGCUGAUUCAGCACUGCUUCUCCACAUUGACCCAGAAGAGGAAAAUGCAAACAAGGAUUCAGAAGCAAGUAAUAAGAGCCUGAAAAAGGCUGUAUCUAUGGAACUACCCAAUCGUAGCCCAAGCCCUGGGGCGACGAAGUUAAGCCAGGAGGAUUAUGCCCUAAAACUGGAACUGAUGAGACAAAGGCUGCUCAGAGGAGGAAAUGUGGACAAAAAGAUGAGUGGCCUGCGAGGGCCCUUGUUUGAAACACUCGGCAUGGAAGAUGAGAGGCAGACAGGUUCUCUUGAUCGGAACUUGAGGAGAUCCAGAGCAGGGCCAUCGACACUCACCAGAGCAGCGUCUUCAGAGAGUACUGGAGAGGAACAUCCAAAGACCAAAGUUUUUCGUAAAAGCGCCUCCUUCACUCAGGGCGAUUCUGAGCCCAUGCCCCUGCACCGCAGGUUCGGAGCCCCCUUAGAGAUCCCAUCGGUGGGCAAUGGUAGCAUACAAGGGAAGAAACUCCAGGAGGCAUCCUCAAUGUCUGCACUCACAGAACAAACAACACUGGAGUCUACAUCUGCCUCACCUAUGCAGAAGACUUCCUUUAUAUUCCCCACACCAGGAAGACUGGACCAACAGCAAAAACAGAACAAUGUGAAAGAACAUGAGGAUAUGCAAAGUAUGAAUGAGAGAAACAUGGAUGAGAUAACAGAGAAAAGGACCAAAACCCAGUUAGAAAAGCUAGAUAAUGUAGAAUCUGAGUCUAGAUCACCCUCUGUAAUUACUCCAAUAAUUGUAAUAGAGGAAGAUGAUGAUGAAGAAGAGAGGAAAGAGAAUCAGGAGUUACAUAUCAAUGAAAAAGAGAAAGAGGGAGAUGUUGCAGUGCCGUCUCAAACAUCUGAUGAAGCCCAAUCCAAGCAUCCCACUGCUAUAGCCAAACCAAACGGUACAAAGUCCACCGAAAUCCCCGCAUCACCUGAACAUCCAGCAGUAUUUGCCAAAGUAGCAACUGCUGAUCGAUCUCCAGGUUCUGUUUCCACAUCAUCAAACCCUGAUCUUUCUGCCACCCCCCGCCAACCUGCGCUCAGAACAGACAUCAAAGACAUCGACUCAGAGGAGGUCUUUGAAGCCAGGUUUAAGAAGCGGGAGUCCUCUUUGACCCGCGGCCUCCGAAAGCUGACCAGAAACAAAUCAGAGGAGAGAUCACCUGUACUAAACCGGAAGGACGGCGAGGGGGGUGAAGAGGUUUACAGGCCAGGGCCAAGGGGGGCACCACUUGAAAUUGUAUCUCGAGGACUGCAGGAGAAAUCCAAAUCUGUUCAAGAUUUAAGAGAAGACGAUAAGGAAACAGGCCUCAGCCUGAUCGGGAGGUUUUCCUUGCGGGCCAAGAGAUCAUCUAUUGAUAAGAAGGAUGAGAAACCAAAGGAUGUGCAGGAAACAGCUGUAGGCAAGAGGGUUUCAUGGGCUAUGGGUCGCAGUAAAUCCCUGGAUACAAAGGAGCUGAACAAUGCACAGAGGCAGCUAGACGAGAGAGAACAAAGAAAAGCUGAGGAGUCAUCAGUUUCUGCUAUGAGGCGCAAGUUUGAGUCCAAAGUGGCUGGAAUCUCUGCCAAAAUAAGGACCCAGUCAGAAGAGAGGAAGGACAAAGAUGCUGGGGGAAGUCAGAAAGAUCUGGUACAAAAGGAUUUAAAGAAAGUCUCUGAUUCCCCUGUUCUGGCAAUGCGACAUAAGUUUGAGAACAAAGUUGCAGGAAUUUCCUCAAAAAUCCGCAGUCAGUCUGAAGAAAGAAAAGAGGGUGAAGAGGGAAAGAGGACACCAAUUUUUUCCCGCCAUCGUCAUUCCCAAUCCGAGGGGCGAGGACUCAAAGGAAUGGGCAUCCCCGAGAAUCAACUUGCAAACCAGACCGGUGCUACUGCAUCCAAGGAAUCAGUUGAAUCCACUUCUAGCAUCCAUUCCGAAAAAGCCUCAGAGAGUGACAGGCGAUCGCGGUGGGACAGGUGGGGUUUGACAAGAAGCAAGAAAGACAAAACUCCCUCGCAAACUGAUCUGCCUUCAUCCGUCCACAAAGAGGAGAGUGUGUCAAAAAAACAGCAGUUUAUCCGCUCUCCUUCAGAUUUUGCCCCAGUGUUCCACAUCAAACUGAAGGACCACGUCUUACUGGAGGGGGAACCUGUCACUCUGAGCUGCCUUCCAGCUGCAAGUCCACAUCCAGAAAUCACAUGGACAAAAGAUCGGAAACGGCUGGAGGUGGAUGACAGAAUCAACCUGAUGUCCCACCCAGACGGCAGGCAGCUUCUUAUGAUCAUGAAGACCAGCCGGAGAGACGCUGGAGUUUAUGAAUGUGUAGCUACCAACCCCAUAGCUACCAUCACCACCUCCUGCACAUUGUCCAUCGCUUGCGUCCCGAAACGACCAGGGACCCCUGAAGUCCCUCAGACUUACAACAACACAGCUCUGGUGCUCUGGAAGGCAGCAGACACCAAGUCUCCAUGCAGCUACACCCUGGAAAGAAAAACAGAGGGUGAUUCUAACUGGGUCACUGUAGCCACUGGAGUUGUCGACUGCUACUACAAUGUCACAGAGCUACCACCAGGUGGCACCUUCAGGUUCCGCAUCACCUGUGUGAACAAGGCAGGACAAGGACCAUACAGCAACUGCUCUGCUCCUGUCAGCCUGGACUCAGCAGCUGGAGGAGCUUCACCUGUUGUGGCCAUUGUAAAAACAGCCCCAGCUCCACCAGUUGUCACCUCCUCAGUGACCGUGCCUUCACUCAGACCAGCCCAGAACAGCGCUCCCAGGAUAACUGUCUCCACCAUCACCUCCACAAAAGACGCAACCUCCCCUGUUCCUCCGCCUACAGCACCUAAACCAGUGGUCACUCCCACCCCUCCACCCUCUCUACCUUCCAGCCCAGGCACAACCACGGAAGACACUCAGAGGCUAAGCUCCUCUCUUCCCUCCUCACCCACUGUCAAAGCACCUCCACCUUUUGUCCUCCCCAAACCCCAGAGUCCAAUAAAUGUUGUGUCUCCUAUGACCCAGACCCCACCAGUAUCACCGCCACCCAUUCUUGUAACACCACCAUCGACCCCGACUAAACCAGCGUUGGCUUCCGUGCCCACAUAUGUCCCCACAACCACCAUCACUGCACGUGUCACCCCGACACCUGUCUCCUUUUCCCCACAAGUGCUCCAGGCCUCCAGCCUGAGUCCCAUUGGUGAUGGGACCAGUGCCCCCACCAGAGGCACCCCAUCAGGACGCGCUACGCCCUCCACAGCUCUACGACAGGGGGUUCCACAGAAACCGUACACUUUCCUGGAUGAGAAAGCCAGGGGUCGUUUUGGAGUCAUCCGAGAGUGCCGCGAGAACGCCACAGGCAAAAUCUACAUGGCCAAGAUCAUCUCCUACAACCAGGAGAACAAGCAGGAAGUCCUGAAGGAGUACGAGAUCCUGAAAUCCCUCCACAACGAAAAGGUCAUGGCUCUGCACGAAGCCUAUGUCACGCCGCGCUACCUGGUGCUGGUGUCGGAGUACUGCACGGGCAAAGAGCUGCUGUACAGCCUCAUUGACAGGUUCCGUUACUCCGAGGACGACGUGGCUGGUUACCUGGUCCAGAUCCUCCAGGGAGUCGAGUACCUCCACAACCGCCGCGUCCUCCACCUGGACCUCAAGCCCGACAACAUCAUGGUGACCAACCUCAACGCCGUCAAGAUUGUAGACUUUGGAAGUGCUCAGAACUUCAACCCCCUCAGCCUCAAACACCAGAAUUCAGGAGCAGGAACGCUGGAGUACAUGGCUCCUGAGAUGGUGAAAGGUGAAGUGGUUGGUCCUCCUGCGGAUGUUUGGACUGUUGGCGUUGUCGCCUUCAUUAUGCUUAGUGGUCGACUACCCUUCGAAGAUAAAGACCCUCUAAAAGUUGAAUCCAAAAUCCUGAUGGCGAGGUAUGACCCGACAAAACUGUACCCAAAUGUGUCCCAAAGUGCCUCCGCCUUUCUCAAGAAGAUGUUGAGCAGUUACCCAUGGGCCCGUCCGACCACACGAGACUGCUUCACACAAGCCUGGCUGCAGGACUCCUAUCUAAUGAAGCUGAGGAGACAGACUCUCACCUUCACCUCGGGCCGACUCAAAGAGUUCCUGGUGGAACAACAAUGCCGCCGCACAGAGGGCGCCACCAAGCACAAGGUGCUGCUGCGCACCUACCAGAGCUCACCCCAGUCCCCGGCGUCUGGGACUCCGCCGCAUGUUCCCAGCCCGAAGUGAGAUGCAGCAGCACACAUGAGUUUGUAGAGUUACAUCUGCCAUAUAACCCCUCUGUGAACCACUGCUGCAUGAAAAACGUCAGCCGGCCUAAUGAGGCACAGGUUACGGCACAGGGGACGGGCAGACAGCUGGAUAUAGAUAAAUAUCCAAAGAAAAGACAGGAGUCCAUGUGUUAUUUUGGGAGACUUCAACAUUCAACACUAAUAGGAUUCUGAGAAGUAAGAAAAACACAAACAGAAGUAGAAGCAGACCGCCGUGACGUGUGUAUUGAAUAUAUGAUAACUGCUCAGAAGCUGUUAAUCUACUGAAAGGACACGGGAUGUUCUUUGGUUUUCUUUGAUUGAUUGCACAAUUUCUGUGAAUUCUGAAAUUGCACAUUAAUAUUUGGUUUCGAUAAACAUCCUUCUCCACUCUGCACGAUCAGCCUGGAACAUUAUUAGCGUUUCUACUGCGCAACCUUGUUUUUGUCACUAAACUUAGUAGUAAACAACUCAUGUGAAUGUACCAUGAUUUAAGCUGCUAAUUUAUUUUUGCAUUUACUUAAACAUUUUAAAACUCAAAACCAAAAAUAUUCUUUUUUUUUUCUUUUCUUGAAAUUGUUUACUUUUUUCAUGUUAAUUUAUUUGCAUGUGUGUGUGUGUGUGUG